ACAUUGUUCACUGUGCAAUGGCGCAUUCUUAACCCGACUCAGGCCGUAUUGACGGCUCGUAGCCCUCUCACCUAACCGCUACUAUUAGUAUCAUGUCUACCAAAACUGCGCUCAAGGCCGCGAAAUCCGCCAUCGACGCCAAGAAAUGGGACGAAGCAAAGGAGCACGCGAAGACAGUAGUCGAGAAAGACCCUAACAAUUACUUUGCGCAACUAUUCCUAGGGCGCGCCAACGACGGUCUUAGCAGGUUCGACGACGCAGCGAGGGCAUAUAACGACGCGGCCAAGAUCAAGCCAGACGAUGCGCAGGCAUGGUUAGGGCUCAGGAGCAUGUACGAGGGCCUAGGACCAUCAAAGGUGGAAGAGAACAUCGAGGUCGGCCUGAGGCUGGCUGAGAUCUACAUGAAUCUCGACGACAUCUAUCGAAGCCAGUGCGCAAUCGACAAGCUCGUAGACCACGCCCGCAGUCACGGCACAAAGCCACAGUACGCACAUGCGCUUGCUACCCAACUCCCAUCCUCAUCCAUCUACUCGUAUCUCGAAGGUCGCCUACCAGACCCAUCCAAGACCUACACGCGCAUCGCCGAUAUCCACGAAACGCAGGAAGCGCAGAAGAUCAAGAAGCUCAUAGACGAACGUAAGACUCGUCUUGGUGCGACACUCGAGAGCACAACAAACUCGGUCAAGAGCGAGAUUUACGCCACGAGUCCACUGGAAGGCAUAUACGAGGAGAUCAUCAAUUGGACCAACGACGACGAGCUGCGAAGACAAUACGAGGAGAAGCUGCUCGGGCGCGCAUAUGAUACCCUACUCGUCCUACCGGCGGGCGAGAAAGCCGAGAAGAGGGACAAGGUGAUGAAGUUAGCUCAUGAUAUGGUGAUCAUCAAGCAUCCGUACCUACUCGCGUGGCAGAUCGAGCUAGAGUGGAGGUCAGGCCUGGAGGUAGAGGCGUAUUGAGGUCUAUUUCACAACGAUAUGCAUUGCAUGGCGUCUAGGAUACAAAAAGGCAUUUAGGAAAUUUUAGGUUAAUACAUACACGGACUGGUUAUCAAAAGCUUCAUUACACAGCUCUAUAGUUGCACGACUGGAUGUCCUGCGCAGAUAUCUCCUGGAAAUCAAUUAAUCAAUCUCAAAUUCUUAACUCCACAACACCAGCUAUGCUAUUUUGCCCGUCUUGAUACUGUACUCUUCCUCGUGCCCGCAACGCUACUACACAGCAGCUCCACCAACUACAAUCCUCCUCUUCUCCUCCGCACUAAACACACUCCCACCCUGCUUCAGCGCAUGAAUCAACAUAGGCAGACUACUCGCCUUGAAAUCCUGUGCCUCGCGCACCUUGUCGAGAUCAUCUGCGAGCUCCGUGGUAAUUCUGCGCAGGUAAAUGGCAUCAAAGUCCUCUUGAGUUUGCGCUGGCGUUUGGAUUUUUGAGCU